AGGCACCUCGCGCACCUUGUCCCUCGCGCGCCGCCGUUCGCGUCGCCCGCACCGCCCGCGGUUGAGUCGGGAGAGGCUGCCAGUGCUGCGGUUGCGGUUCCGGUUCCGGUUCCAGCUGGCGUCUGCACCCACGGCCACCGUGAGCAGUCAUGGCGUACUCCACAAUGCAGAGAGUCGCUCUGGCUUCUGGGCUCGUCCUGGCUCUGUCGCUACUGCUGCCCAAGGCCUUCCUGUCCCGCGGGAAGCGGCAGGAGCCGCCACCGACACCUGAAGGAAAGUUGGGUCGAUUUCCACCUAUGAUGCAUCAUCACCAGGCACCCUCAGAUGGCCAGACUCCUGGGGCUCGUUUCCAGAGGUCUCAUCUUGCAGAGGCAUUUGCAAAAGCCAAAGGAUCAGGUGGAGGUGCUGGAGGAGGAGGUAGUGGAAGAGGCCUGAUGGGGCAGAUUAUUCCAAUCUACGGCUUUGGGAUUUUUUUAUAUAUACUGUACAUUCUAUUUAAGCUCUCAAAGGGGAAAACAACUGCAGAGGAUGGGAAAUGUUCCACUGCCAAGCCUGGAAACACCCACAGGAAAAUUACCAGUUUUGAGCUUGCUCAACUGCAAGAAAAGCUGAAGGAGACAGAAGCAGCCAUGGAAAAAUUAAUCAACAGGGUUGGACCUAAUGGUGAGAGCAGAGCACAGACUGUGACUUCUGACCAAGAGAAACGGUUGCUGCAUCAGCUCCGAGAAAUCACCAGGGUCAUGAAAGAAGGAAAAUUCAUUGACAGAUUUUCUCCAGAGAAAGAAGCUGAGGAGGCUCCUUACAUGGAGGACUGGGAAGGUUACCCUGAAGAGACUUACCCAAUUUAUGACCUUUCAGACUGUAUCAAGCGUAGGCAAAAAACAAUCUUGGUGGAUCACCCUGACCCAAAAGAGCUUUCUGCUGAAGAAAUAGCUGAAAGAAUGGGAGCGAUAGAAGAGGAAGAAUCAGACCAUUUGGUUUGGGAAGGUCUGCCCACUGACCCCAGAGUCCAGAAAGAUAAUUCUGUUACCUCGUGUGAUCCAAAGCCAGAAACAUGUUCCUGCUGUUUUCAUGAAGAUGAGGAUCCUGCGGUCUUGGCAGAGAAUGCUGGAUUCAAUGCAGAUAGCUAUGCUGAGCAAGAGGAAACCACCAAGGAAGAGUGGCCCCAAGACUUUAGAGAGGAAGGGCUGGGCAUAAGCACCGAUCAAGCAUAUACAGGCAGCAUGCUGAGGAGGCGUAACCCCCAGGGUUUAGAGUAAAAACAGCCAGUUUGAAGUAUCCAUUACUCAAGUCCCAAGGUGACGUUUCUCUCCUCAGAUUUCCUUCUUGGCCCUGUGCCCUGUACUGUCUUCACUGUGUUCAAGUGUCAUAGCUAUCAGGCCACUAUCAUGGAUAUCAUGUAUCCUUCCUGGUGCUCACACACCUGUCACCUUGUAAAACAUGGAUAUUAGUGUGAACACAGGACAGCUUGGCUGUUUCUCUUCCUGCCUUUCCCCUAUCAGAGAAGUUGAUCCAUUAAGUAAUUAUGUUUGGUCUGUCGUAAUUACAGAUGGGACCACUCAGGGGCAAAGGUCUGACUCUUCCUGGUAGGGGUAACAGAUAGCUUGCCUGUGAAUGAACAUCAGCAUACAGAUGAUGAGGACUUAAGAUUGCAAGAAUGAAGAUUUCAGACUCCAGGAUGCCUUAUCUUUGGGCCUUGAGCAGGUUAGUAGUCCCAUGGGGAGAAGAGAACAUUUUAUUUGUGGGGCUGAUGGGCCCAGAUCAGGGUAAAACUCUGCUGUCUCAGCUGAAGCCUCUUCCUUGCAGUGAGGGUCUUCCUAGGAGCAUUGAUGCUGCCUCAGACAUCCUCUUUUCUUCAGAGUAGAACAGACUCUCACUGAUCUGAGAAUGAGCCCAGAGGCUUGCUUGUUGACUGUUUUACUCUGAUAUUACCUGGAUCUCUAGCUUCCUUUACCCUUGUUCUGCAUAACAGAACUGCCAAUCCCAGAAAUACCUUUGCACUCCUGGUUUUCAGUGGACAUAGAAAGUUUUAGAGACAUUAGACCCCGCCCUUGCAAAGUCAAAAUUAGAGGCCACUGAAGCCGCAGGAAGCCCUGCCCAGGGAUGGUUCUGCCAUGAGAAGCUCAGAAGGCCAGGAAGCCAGCAAUAGGGGAGAGAAUCUGUGCACUUAUGGACAGCCCUUACCUAAAGCUGUUUCUGAAUGUUGCACCCUUUGAGAAAUUUGUUCUCAGAACCCAUAAAUUGAAGCAGAAAUGAGGACUGAUCUUGUAUACAAAAUGCCAACUCAACAGGGAAGUUAGAGUGUGUCUGUUGCAGAGAACCAACAUAGCAGUGCCCAGGGGAAGAGACCAUAUGUUCCAUUAUUCCAAUAUUUGGUUGGGUCUUUUGAGAGAGCUAGGGAAAGUAGCAACUAGAUUCGGACUGGGAGGAUUUUGACCAAAUUAAAGGCCUUUUUUCCUUAUUGCAUCAGAUGUGUGUCUUCUUGAGACAAGCUAUCACUUAUGAUUUAUAGCAUGAAGUAUGUGUGAAUUCAGUUUAUGUGUAAGACCUAAGAGUUUGAAGAGGGCACAUUCCCAAAGACAUUCCCAGUCAUGAAAUGUAGAAGACUGAAAAAUUUAGAAAUUAUGUAAAGGUAGAUAUGAUUUUUAGAGUUCUAUUAUGGUUGGCAUGAAUAAGAUGCCAGGAAAAUAGUUUAAAAUCACACAUAAAAGCAUACAGACUGCUGUUAGAAGGUAUGGAGUCAUAUUAAGAUAACCUGUCAGGUACUACUAGGCAUUUAUUGUUAAUUGAGUUACAGAGAAAAGUCAUUGAAGAUUGAAUUUAUAGAAAGUACAUUGCAUCUAUCUCUGUAGAACAUUUGAUUCACAUUGUAAAGACUGCAGUUUAAAAUGUACUGAAUGCAAUCUAGAUGUAUUGUACACUAAAGGUAAAAAAUAACAGGUGCUCCUUACUGUUUGGAUA